GGUCCGAGUCCAAUCCCCAAACAGUGAUAGCCAACAGACGCCGCGAUAAUAACAUAAUGAUGAUAUAACAAUAGAGCCUGACACGGACUAGUCCACACCACUAAAGUCCCUAGCCCUCAAUGAAAAGCAUCCCUACGGGCCUACAGAGAAGAAAAGAACUCAAAACGACCGCAUGCAGAUCCUCCCGCCGAAUCCGGGACGGUCAGAGUCGGCCGGAAAGUUCCUCGGCACUUUUACCCUGCCAGGAUGGUUUUUCCGGGCAUGACCGGAGUAAUGCCGAAGCCCAAGUCUGGAUCGGCUCAGUUUCAGACCUCGCGUGCGAGCCAAUCAACGCGGUAUGGUUGGACGAGGCGAGAACGCCACCCACCUCAUUCCACCUGAUGCCAAGCAAUGGACGCUCUUGCACUGGACUGUUGUUGUCGUUCGGUGUGUGCUGUGUGUGGCCUGAGCCUGCGCUCUUUCCCACCUAUCUAGUAGUAGCGAUGCGAUGGACUUGGAUCGCGUGGAUGAAGUAAUCAUGAUCAUGUGCCUGAAAUUUUGCCUGCCCUAGACUAGGUAGGUACCGAGGUACUAAGGACUGCCACUAUGAUACCUCUGCUACCUAUCUAGAUAGUACCUAGAUAGGCUCCUAACCUGGGCAGUUUAGCUGGCACCAUCAUCAAUCCUACCAGCCCAU